AUGGCGUUCCAUAGUCAUUACGUCGUAACUGACGAAAGUACCGGUCUCGUUCAUAAUUUAUGUUAUUACAAGGAAUGUAAUGCUUGUGAUGUUUUAAAUGAGGAACCCAAAGAAGCGAGUGGUGCUCCAGCAAGUUCUUUGGAAAAUUCAAGUAAAUCAAUUCGAUCCCACGCUCCUUUAUCAAGUCAAAAAAACGGUGCCAAUAGACCAACAUCUAAAAACAAAAUGGAUAAUGAUUGUACGGAUAAUGGACAGAAGACGCUAAUAAGAACGAUAAAACCUUCACAAAAGAAAGGACCGAUAUUCAAGUUAAAACUUACUUCAGAUAUUAUUAAUGAAGGUUGUCGAGAAAGACGGAGAGCUUACAAAGCUGCAAUGAUGAAUCAAGUUUCACUUGAUUAUUCAUCUGAUGAAUAUCUUGAAAUAGAGACUAGCACGGAACCACCAAUUAAUGUGGAAAAAGACGCUCAUGGUUUCGAAGAAAAUUCUUACAUUGUUGUUGGUGAUUCUGAUGAUGAAUGCAUGGAAAUAGAUGGAACGGAAUUUUCUAAAACAUUUAAUUCACAUACCGAUGAUUCACAUAGUAACUGCGAGACGUGUCCUUCAAGUCCAGCUAGCAAUUCCGAUUCCGAUGUUGUUACUACAAAUUUUCAACAACCAAAGGCGGAUUCGGAACCUAAAGAAUCUACGCGAAAGCCUAUGAAUUCUUUAAUUGACAAAUUUUACUCCGAGAGAUAUUCGAAUAUUAAUGAGAAAGCUUCAAAAUCGCAGGAAGAGUUUGCUAAUGUUCCUGUUUCCGUUACAAGCUCAGUUUCCGAUAAUGCCGUGAUAUCUCAUGAGAACGAAAAGGUUUUAUCGAGAUCUCUUGGAACAUCAGAAUUUCCCAUUGAUUUGGAAAAAGAAGAUGCUGGUUCACCUACUUUUUCAAAUCAUGCAAGUCAAGUUUUAAAUGAAUUAAAUCCUAUGGGAUUUAAAGUUGUGAACUUUAUUCAAAAUCAAGAUAACCCAAUGAUCAAUUGGUUCGAUCGGAAUGAUUUCAACAAAUUUAUGUUGAAUUCUGCGAAGCGUCGAUUAGAAGAGCUCAACAACGUUAAUAGUCAACAUCCUAAAAAAUAUGUUAAACCCAGUGAAAGAUCCUCCUCGGCAACUUCUCAAAGAUGUAACCUAUCAUACGUUCAAAUACCUUUCUUUAAAAACCCAAGAUAUUUAACAUGUGCUCUUACUCACGGUAUAGUUUUUUCAGAUCAACGAAAUCAUGGAUCAAACGUGAUUAAUGAUGAUGAGAGACUUGAGCUUUUUGGAGAUUAUGUUUUAAGCAUAACUAUUUCACAAAUGGCGUACGAAAAAUUUAGAGGAGAAUUAACACCAGAUAUAUUGGAAAAAAUUCAUGAAGAUUUACGUAAUGAUUAUAGACUUUGUAUAUUUGCCAAGAUGUUGAAAUUACAAGAUUUAAUUUAUGCUAGAAAAUCCUUUUUGAAUAUAAAAGAAAUGGGUGAUAUGUUUAUUAAAUUAUUGGCUGCUAUAGUUAUGGAUAGAGGGAAGAAAUUCACGGUUGAUUUUAUUAAAAAGCUUAUUGGACCUACAAUGGAGAAUUUGGUGUUGGAUGGAAAUUUAGUAAGAAUGCGGAUUAAUGAGAUGAUAAACGAGGAAAUACCAAUCAAAAAUGUAAUUGGUGAUCAUCAAAGAUUGUUGUUUGAUCCCCUUUCUGCAAAAUUAUAUAUAGUAAAUAAGUUCACAGGGACAAAGAUGUAA